UUCGAAUUAAAAAGAAUUAAGAAUAGUAACGUGACGUGCAUAAUAAAUUCUCUGCAAGUCUAGACAAUUGCCCUCUUGAAUGAAAUUCAUGUCUCAGUUUCCCCAGCUUAUGACCUUGACACCUAGCGCGAAAAUAAACCCUAAUUAUUACCGGAAUUAUUUUGGGGAAUAAAAUUGCAAAUUACCAUUUUUUUCUCAUUUCAACCAUCCAUCUCCCAUCUUAUCAAUUACAUGACAAUGGAGGAGCAUGUUAUCAUUCCAAAAAAGAAGUUGCACAUUUGGAAAAUUUUUAGCGACCCGGGACCGGAAGGAGAUAAGAUUUUAAAAACGGCGAAACUGGCACAUGCCAAAAACGAAAAGGAAGGAUUCGUCGUCACCAUUGCGGACCAGACUUAUUACUUCUUCCGAGAUGAUGGCGGUGGGGUGAAAAUUACCCGGGUUCCGGAAUUAUGUGGCGUCCGAGUGAAAGGUGUUACAUUUAUUUUAAUUGAAAUUUUAAGAAUUCAUAUAGACAAAAUGAUUUUAUGAGUCUGUUUCUAGAAUUUAUUAUGGGAUCAAUUAGCCUGGCUUUAACGGAGGAUGGGCGACUCUACUCAUGGCUCUGCCCAGAUGCAGUUUCUCAGAAAUCUUCCAUUAUUCACCCGGUAGCUGUAUCGGGCAGUCUGACCGGAAAGAAAGUCGUGCAAGUGGCGUCAUCAGAUGGGUGUGUCCUGGCAUUAACUUCGGAUGGCGAUGUUCACCACUGGCUUUGGCAACCCGAACCAACCUUGAUUGCAGGAGAGAAAUUUGAUAACAAGAAGGUUAUCUCCGUGGCGGGCAAUGGUUAUCUGAAGGUCGUCUUAACUGUGGAUGGGGAGCUUUUCGAAUGGAAAUGGUUCGGAAGUUCGCCACAAAAAUCGGCUCUAAGUACCUCCUCACCAGUUAUGAAGAUAGCGGCAAGCAAAAGUACCAUUUUCGCAUUGACUGUUGAUGGCAUGAUGCACUCAUGGACCUUUUCUGCAAGCUCAUUCACGGCGAAGUGGGAUCCAGUGUGGUUGCCGUCUUCAAACUACAAAAACGUCAAAAACAUCGCAACCUGUGGGACGGAGGAUGUUAGCGUCUGUUUUGGUUGUUAUGUGGGAACGGCUCCCUUGAGUGCGCAAUUCUUUACAAAGUCUGCUUCGUUAGACGAAUCUUUCGCCCAAAUAUGUCAGACCAGCUAUCGAACUAUUUGGGUCGCCCGUGAACCUGAACGUGAACCACGAAAAGUGGGUGAUGACAUUGCCAACUUGUAGCUGACAAAGAAACAUACAGAUAUCAAAUUUUCCGUGGAAGGGAAAUUCAUCUACGCACACAAAUUAAUUUUGUCGAUGAGGAGUGAAUAUUUUGAAAAAAUGUUUAGCUGCGAGUGGACUGAGGCUGAUGGGUCGUUCGUUUACAUCAAGGGUGUCAAGUACGAGGUAUUUGAAGGUCUUUUGUUUUACAUUUACCAUGGCAGGGUCCCUUUCUCGAAUUUCGACUACAAAAACCUAACUGGCCUCAUGAAAUUAGCUGAUUCCUAUUGCGAGGUGAUCAUUCGGCGAGAAUGUGAGGAAAUUCUGAUGCAAAAUAUCAACAAGAAGAAUGCCUUCUUUUUGCUUCGAAAUGCUGCUUCAGCCAACGCCCUGGAUUUGGAGGAGAAGGUCACAAAAGUUAUUCUGGACAAUCGAAUCUUCGGUGAAACCUUGUCUUCUGCCGAGUUGGUCGAUUUGUUGGGGAGAGAAGCGUUCGACAAAUUAGCGAUAGCGUCACUUUACCGAAAUUAAAGGCCCCAGCAAUAUUUUUACUUUGUGCA